AUGGAGAUGGUGCUUCAAGAUGAUGAAACCAAAAUAGCUCUCCAGACUAAACCAAAGAAGUGGGAAACAAGAGCAAGCAGGUGUCCGUUGUCUAUACCUGUGCGUAACGUGAAGGAUGGCUCAAGUCUCAAUGAUAUGCUGCACCACCAGGCAGUUAAGAACCAACAAUGUACAUCACAAGUUUGUGAAGGUUCUGUCAUGACUCCCAAGGCUCUAAUGCGCUGUCCCAAAGAUACUCCACUUGAGAUCCUACCUCAGGCGAUUGACCUCAUCAACCAAUACUACAAGUCCUUCAAAAUCCCCAAAAGUGAACACCACCUUGCCAGAUUGGAGGAAGUUGCUAUGGAGAUAGGUUCCACAGGAACCUAUUCGCUGACUAUGGACGAAUUAGUGUUUGGUGCUCGACAAGCAUGGAGGAACGCCCCAAGAUGCAUCGGCAGGAUUCAGUGGUCCAAUUUACAAGUGUUUGAUGCCAGAAAGUGCAAGACUACUCAGGAUAUGUUCAAGUCUCUGUGCGAACACUUACAGUUUGCCACAAAUGGAGGAAACCUAAGGUCUGCGAUUACCGUCUUCCCUCUGAGAAAGGAAGACAUGCAAGAUUUCCGGGUGUGGAACAGCCAGCUGGUGAAGUAUGCAGGUUACCAGAUGCCUGAUGGCAGUAUCCAGGGAGACCCAUCCAGUGUAGAAUUCACUGAGAUCUGUAUCCGGCUUGGAUGGAAACCUCAGUACGGCCUCUUCGAUGUAUUGCCACUAGUCCUGCAGGUCAACGGGGAGGACCCAGACCUUUAUGAAAUCCCUCCACACCUGAUCCUGGAGGUUCCCAUGGAACACCCUCAGUAUAAGUGGUUCCAAGACCUUGGACUGAAGUGGUAUGCUCUGCCUGCGGUGUCCAACAUGCUGAUGGAGAUUGGUGGACUUGAAUUCCCAGCCUGUCCCUUUAAUGGCUGGUACAUGGGCACUGAAAUUGGUGUGAGGGAUUUCUGUGACUAUCAGCGUUAUAACGUCUUGGAGGAAGUUGGUCGCAGGAUGGGCCUGGAGACACACAAGCUGUCCUCACUGUGGAAGGACCAGGCCUUGGUGACCAUCAAUGUUGCAGUCAUAUACAGUUUCCAGAAGAACAAGGUGACCAUCACAGACCACCACUCUGCAGCCGAGUCCUUCAUGAUGCACAUGGAGACAGAGUUCCGGCUGCGUGGCGGCUGCCCUGCAGACUGGGCCUGGCUGGUUCCUCCCAUGUCUGGCUCUCUCACCCCCGUCUUCCACCAGGAGAUGGUCAACUACAUCCUCUCUCCCUUCUUCUACUACCAGCCUGACCCCUGGACGACCCAUGUCUGGAGAAAUGGGGAGAUGUGCCUGAGGAAGCAACAGAUCAGCUUCAAAGCGGUGGCCAGGGCGGCUCUCUUUUCUUCAAUCCUUAUGAGCAGAGUGCUGGCUAACAGGGUGCGUUGCACUGUCCUGUACGCUACUGAAACAGGGAAAUCACAGACAUUGGCCCAGAGACUGAACUCCAUGCUAAACUGUGCCUUCAACUGCAGGUUGCUCUGUAUGGAGGACUAUAACUUCAGUGACAUGGAACAGGAGAGCCUUCUGGUUGUGGUAACAAGCACAUUUGGGAAUGGAGACUCCCCUGGAAAUGGAGAGAGUUUCAAGAAGCAGCUUUUCUCCUUGCAGUAUCUCAGGAACAAGUUAAGGUACUGUGUGUUUGGACUGGGCUCGAGGAUGUACCCACAGUUCUGUGCUUUCGCCCAUGCCGUGGAUGCCAAGCUGGAGGAGCUGGGGGCAGAGCGGGUGACCCCCACUGGAGAGGGGGAUGAACUGAAUGGACAGGAAGAGGCCUUCUCUGCCUGGGCUCUCACCACUCUCAAGGAUGCCUAUAAGGAGUUCAACAUCCAGGGACAGCUGAGUCUGCAGCUCCCUGGGGCAGAGCGACUCUGCGAGGCCUGGGACCCUCUGAGAUACCGCGUAGCACUGGAGAGCUGCUCCCAGGACCACAUCACAGCACUUUCAGCCAUUCACUCUAAAACUGUCUUCCCCAUGAAACUGAAGAGGAGACAGAAUCUACAGAGCCCCCAUUCAAGCCGGUCCACCAUUCUGGUGGAGCUGGAGAGGGAGACAAGUGCAGAGGUCAUGAACUUUGCCCCAGGAGACCAUGUUGGUGUUUUCCCAGGGAAUCUCCCUCAACUGGUGGCUGGAAUCCUAAAGUUCCUUCCCCAUACAGCCCCAACCAACCAGUGCCUACGACUGGAAUACCGCUCUGACUCCUGCCUUGAUGAUGAGAAAAACUGGAAGACUGUCAGACGCAUCCCAGCAUGCCCUUUGUCUCAGGCGCUCACCUACUUCCUGGAUGUAACCACGCCCCCCUGUCAGAACCUCCUCCACAAGCUCUCUCAGCUGGCAAGACAGGAGGGGCACUGCCAGCGUCUGCUGACCUUGGCAAAGGACUCUCAGGAGUACACGACCUGGAAGAUGUUCCGUGUUCCCAACUUCCUGGAAGUCCUGGAGGAGUUCCCAUCUUUAGAACCCUCUGCAGCCUUCCUCCUCAGCCAGCUGCCCCUGCUCAAGCCCCGCCUCUACUCCAUCAGCUCCUCCCCUCAGCUCCACCCCAAUGAGCUACAUCUCACUCUGACGGUGCUCAACUAUCACACACAAGAUGGACAGGGUCCUCUUCACCACGGGGUCUGCAGCACCUGGCUGGAUACCAUUAAGAAAGGAGACCUGGUACCAUGUUUCAUCUACAGUUCAGGUGGGUUCCACCUCCCAGCAGAGCCCAGCACUCCAGUCAUUCUGGUGGGGGCUGGCAGUGGCAUCGCGCCCUUCCGAAGCUUCUGGCAACAACGGCUACAUGACAUGAAACACCCAGGGUUCUCUGGAAGUCCUAUGAGCCUGGUGUUUGGCUGCCAGAGUUCGGAGACAGACCAUUUAUACAAAGAGGAGACACUGGAGAUGAGAAGACAAGGGGUCCUGAAGAGUGUUACAACCACAUAUUCCCGCCAGCCAGGUCACCCAAAGAUCUAUGUCCAGGAUGUCCUGAGGGAGAAGAUGGCAGACGAGGUGCUGAGUGUGUUGCACCAGAAGGAGGGCCACUUUUACGUGUGCGGAGGUGUGAACAUGGCCCAGGGAGUUACUCUAGCAGUACAGGAGAUUCUGAGCAGCCAGCUUGGCAUUACCCUCACACAGGCAGGAGAAUACCUAACCCAACUAAAGAUUCAGAAGAGGUACCAUGAGGACAUUUUUGGAGCCCAGUUUCAAAAGUGAGGUGAUCGGGAUGGAGAAAGAUCUACACAUAGCAUGCAUUUUCCUCUAUGCUUGUGAUGCCCUGUUUUUGUUUUUGUUGAUAGAUUAGGAUUGUCACUUUGGAACAUGUUUGUAGCUGUUGGUGGUCCCAAACAAACCAUCUAGUCUUCCUUUGGCCCACUGCUUGAAAAUGUACCCACUUUCACUGUUUUCACUUUAUUUUUAAAGCACGGUAAGUAUAUUUCAGAGAGAUGAUUAUAACAUUUACAUUAACGUCAUGAUAUUAAAGAUAGAUUAUAGAUGCACAGGUGAUAAAUAUAUGUAGUGUUUGUACAAUAUAAUAGAAUGUGGGAUUGUUGAAUCUGAAUUAUACAUAAUGGGAAAAUGCUUGU